GGCUGGGUGCUGAUGGAAUCGCCGCGAUGUUCGCUCCCCGGCUCCUGGAUUUCCAGAAGACGAAGUACGCUAGGUUCAUGAACCACCGAGUCCCCGCCCACAAGAGGUACCAGCCCACCGAGUAUGAACAUGCAGCCAACUGUGCCACCCAUGCUCUCUGGAUCAUCCCCAGCAUCCUCGGCAGCUCCAACCUCUACCUCCUGUCAGAUGACGACUGGGAGACCAUCUCUGCCUGGAUCUAUGGCCUUGGCCUCUGUGGGCUCUUCGUGGUGUCCACUGUGUUCCACACCAUCUCCUGGAAGAAGAGCCACCUCAGGAUGGUGGAGCACUGCUUGCACAUGUUUGACCGAAUGGUCAUCUACUUCUUCAUAGCGGCAUCCUAUGCACCCUGGCUGAACCUUCGGGAGCUGGGGCCCUGGGCCUCCCACAUGCGUUGGCUGGUCUGGAUCAUGGCCUCUGUGGGCACCAUCUACGUCUUCUUCUUCCAUGAGCGGUACAAGCUUGUGGAGCUGCUCUGCUAUGUCAUCAUGGGCUUCUUCCCUGCCCUGGUCAUCCUCUCAAUGCCCAACACCGAGGGCAUCUGGGAGCUGAUGACCGGAGGGGUCUUCUACUGCUUGGGCAUGGUGUUCUUCAAGAGUGACGGGAGGAUCCCCUUUGCUCACGCCAUCUGGCAUCUCUUUGUGGCAUUUGGUGCUGGCACCCACUACUAUGCCAUCUGGAGGUACCUGUAUCUGCCCAGCACUGUGCAGGCCAAGGUGUCCAAGUGAGGUGGCUCCAAUGCAUGGGACAGAGCAUCAUGAAAAGCAUUUCUAUGAACUUUGGUUCAGAGCAGUGCCCAGGCCCAUCUGCAUGUCCACGGGCAGAGUUUUCGAUGGGUCCAAGGCUACUUCUGGUAGUAGCCAGAAUGUCCUUAGGGUCCCAGGUGAGAAAGAAAGCAUUUAGUCAUUUUUACAGAGGAUAAAUUAACCCUGCAAUGUGUUUCUAUUCUAGGCAAGUAUUUCCUAAUACAACCAACAUUAACAUCUUCAGAAAAGGGAGAGACAUUGUCCUGGCAAACUGGGGGACCUUGGGCCAAUAGACACUCUUUAGGGUUCUCAUAACUCUGUUAGGGAGUUGGUGGAUUGUUUGUACCCCGCUGGCCAGGGCCUCCUCUGCUACCAAAGUCCUGGCUGGGGAAUUGUGCCCUGUUCAGGGAAAGUCACCCAGCCUGUAGAUCAGGGAUGGUGAAUAUCCAUGACCACAGCAGACAUCACCAAUCAAAUGGAGCAUGGUGCAGUAUCAGUAUUCUUCUCCAGGAGGUGCUCUGGGCAGCCAUGACUUAUCAACUCAGCACUUAGGAUGGCCCUUCUUAGCCUUUCCUGUCUUCUGUGCUCUGCAGUGGGAUCAUGACCAGACCAGUUAGAAGUCUCCAUGUAGGGGAGCAUACUUAUCUCCUGACACUAUGCCUGAACUCCUUCUCCCUGUUGGGGACACUCCUGGAGUGGGGCAGUCUGGGGCAAUGAAGGGAGACCUAGGCAGACAGCUCGAGGAACCCCUGGCCUUCGGCUACACCAUAGCUGA